UGACUUUAAGAGAUUCGAAGCCGACAAUUCCCCUGGACUCUGUUUAUCUUCUCUCUCUAGAACUCUCUCUUUUCUCUCUCUCUUACCAAUUUACCAAACCUCAUCUCUCUCAUUCAAGUUUCUGGGAUUUCUCUAUUGUUUCGCUUGAGAUUACGCGCAUCCGAUCGUCGUAGAUCAAACGUUGGAUACAGUAGGCAAAAAAGUGAAAACAAUAAAAGAAGUCGCAUGAAUUUGUUUGGAGGCCUGAUCUUUUCAUCGUCAUUGAUUUCGAGCCACUUUACGACUUGUCUCCUCAUCUUCAUCCUUCAUUUUUCUCCUCAGCUUCCUUCUAAUAGUAAUAAUAAUAAUAAUAAUAAUAGUAAUCGUAAUUGUUUGAUCAAUUGAAAAUAAAAAAAAUCAUGGAGUCGAGGAAAAACUCUGAUCGUCAAAUGCGUAGAGCCAAUUGCUUUUCAGCUGGUGGGAGAAUGAAGACAAGGUCACCUUCUGUUAUAGUGAUCGGUGGUGGUUUUGCUGGAAUCUCAGCUGCUCGCACUCUUCAAGAUGCUUCCUUUCAGGUUAUGGUGCUGGAGUCUCGUGAUAGGAUUGGUGGACGAGUUCACACUGAUUACUCAUUUGGUUUUCCUGUUGAUCUUGGUGCAUCAUGGCUGCACGGAGUGUGCAAAGAGAAUCCUCUGGCACCUGUAAUUGGGAGACUAGGAUUGCCCUUGUAUCGUACUAGUGGUGACAACUCGGUCUUGUAUGAUCAUGAUCUCGAGAGCUAUGCUCUGUUUGAUAUGGAGGGCAAUCAAGUCCCUCAAGAGUUAGUAACAAAUGUUGGCAUAACUUUUGAGCAGAUUCUAGAAGAGAUCAAUAAAGUGAGGGAUGAGCAGGACGCAGACAUGUCGAUCUCUCAGGCUUUCUCAAUUGUGUUUUCAAGGAAACCUGAGUUGAGGUUAGAGGGGCUUGCACACAAUGUACUUCAGUGGUACUUAUGCCGCAUGGAAGGCUGGUUUGCAGCAGAUGCUGACACCAUCUCUGCAAAGUGUUGGGACCAGGAGGAGUUGCUUCCUGGUGGACACGGUCUUAUGGUCAGAGGUUACCGUCCUGUCAUCAACACUUUAGCCAAAGGGAUUGACAUUCGUCUAGGCCAUAGGGUUACUAAGAUCGUUAGACGGUACAAUGGAGUUAAAGUAACAACAGAGAACGGUGAAACAUUCGUUGCAGAUGCAGCAGUGAUCGCUGUUCCUCUCGGUGUCUUAAAAUCCGGAACCAUAACGUUCGAACCAAAGCUACCAGAGUGGAAACAAGAAGCAAUCAACGACCUCGGAGUAGGCAUCGAGAACAAGAUCAUCCUCCACUUCGAAAAAGUCUUCUGGCCCAAAGUAGAGUUUCUAGGCGUAGUCGCAGAAACCUCCUACGGCUGCAGCUAUUUUCUCAACCUCCACAAGGCCACAGGACACCCCGUUCUUGUCUACAUGCCGGCCGGUCAGCUCGCCAAGGACAUCGAGAAGAUGUCUGAUGAAGCGGCUGCGAAUUUCGCCUUCUUGCAGCUCCAGAGGAUUCUUCCUGACGCGUUACCUCCGGUGCAGUGUCUGGUCUCGAGGUGGGGGUCUGAUGUGAACUCGUUGGGGUCUUAUAGCUAUGAUAUCGUGGGGAAGCCUCAUGAUUUGUAUGAGAGGCUUAGGGUGCCGGUGGAUAACUUAUUCUUUGCCGGUGAAGCGACGAGCUCGAGCUUCCCUGGCUCGGUUCACGGGGCGUAUUCGACGGGUUUGAUGGCGGGGGAGGAUUGUAGGAUGCGUGUGUUGGAGAGGUAUGGGGAGUUGGAUCUGUUUCAGCCUGUGAUGGGUGAAGAAGGACCUGCCUCUGUUCCUCUUCUUAUAUCUCGUCUCUAAAUCCAUCUAUUACCAUCAUCAGUCUCUGCAACCUGUUGUGCUUUAUUCCUAUUGAUUACUAAUACAAACCUGAAGUGAUGUGUUGUCUUGCUGAGAGAAAACAGUAACUCUUCUAGUGUUGGAUUGUCUUAAAACUUCUUUCUGUGUUUUAUUCUAUAAUUUGAACACUAUAUAUUUAUAUUAAGCUCCUCUUUGAGGAUGAACCUA